AUGUCUGCACCCAUUGAUGAUAAUCAGGUCCCCAAGAUUCCUGAUCUUGCUCUCGCUCAUCAACGUUUCAUUAUUAGUCAAGGUCCAGUUGAAUUAAGAGAUGAAGCCAAGAACAAACUCUUUGAAGCCAUCAAGGAGAACAACAUGGCGCCCUUCUACAAGAUCAUGGUAGAAGAGCUUCAAGCACCUUUCGACCAAGCUUUGUACGAUGCCAUGGCUGCAAAGAACGAGGAAGAAUUAAAGAAGUUUGAUGAUAAGGCAGUCGACGCUGAGCAAAACCAAGGAGAGACAGAGAUCAAUGAAGCCUUUUUGUCCAAGGCUGAUUAUUAUGCCAAGAUUGGAGACAAGGAAAACGCCUUGACAGCAUACGAAAACUUACUAAAGAGAUCAAUCACAUUGGGCACUCGCAUCGAUAUUGUAUUCACCUUUGUUCGUAUCGGCUUCUUCUUCAACGACAACAGCCUCGUCCGCCCCAACAUUGAAAAGCUUCGAGAAUUGAUUGAACAAGGCGGUGAUUGGGAUCGCCGCAAUAGAUUGAAGGUAUACGAAGGUGUCUAUCUCAUGUCUAUUCGUGAUUUCAAGGGAGCCGCCUCUUUGUUCUUGGAUACCUUGAGCACUUUUACCAGCACCGAGAUCAUGUCCUACCAAGAUUUUGUCAAAUAUGCCGUCUUGACCAGUUUGAUCAGCAUGAAGCGUGUAGAUAUCAAGAAGCGAGUAUUGGAUGCCCCUGAAAUCUUAGAGGUCAUCUCAGAUAUCCCUCAUCUCGAAGAUUUCAUGGCUAGCUUGUACAAUUGCAAAUACGCUCAGUUCUUCCGUUCAUUAGCAGCCAUUGAACAAGCUCACUUACGCACAUCUCGCUACCUCUUACCUCACAUGCGCUACUACAUCCGUGAAAUGCGUAUUCAAGCUUAUGCUCAAUUACUGGAGAGUUACAGAUCAUUAACAGUUACAAGCAUGGCACAAGCAUUUGGCAUGAGUGAAGAAUACAUUGACAAGGAUCUCUAUAAAUUCAUUGCUGCUGGCCGCCUCAACUGUGUUAUUGACAAGGUAAAUGGGAUCAUUGAAACAAACAGACCCGAUGCAAAGAAUGCCCAAUACCAAGCUGUUAUCAAGCAAGGUGAUCUUUUGUUGAAUAGAGUCCAAAAGUUGAGUCGAGUUAUUGAUGUUUAA